AACAACUGUAGCGUCCAAAGGGAGGAUGCUUCCCCGAAUCGAGCAGUUGGAGAAUACCAAGUAGCUAGGGACUUACGGAACGAGGAUUUGAUUCCGGAACAUCCGGUUGAAGCGGACGAAGAUUCGGAUAAGGAGAACCAAUCGCCGAAUCAAUCCCCCAAUCCAAGACCCAUCGGAAAUUGUGAGCAAGGAGCUGAAGUUGGUAAAGAUACUCCAAAUCCCGACGAAGCUGACCAGUUUUCGGACGAAGAAGUUGAGAAGAACGAAACCAACAGCAGCGGCAACGAGUCGGAAAGGGAUGCUCGCAAUUAUAGAGAUCGUUUAAGUGCUUCUAAUAGUGAGGACGAACAGCUUCACCAAGAAUAUUCUACUUCACCAAGCGGAAGAACCAUCGAAAAUUGUGAGCAAGGAUCUGAAGUUGGUGAAGAUACUCUAAAUCCCGACGAAGCUGACCAGUUUUCGGACGAAGAAGUUGAGAAGAACGAAACCAACAGCAGCGGCAACGAGUCGGAAAGGGAUGCUCGCAAUUAUAGAGAUCGUUUAAGUGCUUCUAAUAGUGAGGACGAACAGCUUCACCAAGAAUAUUCUACUUCACCAAGCGGAAGAACCAUCGAAAAUUGUGAGCAAGGAUCUGAAGUUGGUGAAGAUACUCUAAAUCCCGACGAAGCUGACCAGUUUUCGGACGAAGAAGUUGAGAAGAACGAAGACAACGGCAGCGGCAACGAGUCGGAAAGGGAUGCUCGCAAUUAUAGAGAUCGUUUAAGUGCUUCUAAUAGCGAGGACGAACAGCUCCACCAAGAAUAUUCUACUUCACCAAGAGGAAGAACAAAGGAAUAUGCAGAAUCUGACUUGAAUCACGGCAAUCGCGAGUACCAGGACUCAAAUCACGAGUAUCAGGACUUGAAUCGCGAUUACCAGCUCUUGAUUCGCGAGUACCACCUCUUGAUUCGCGAGUACCAGUACUUGAAUAGCGAGUGCCAUGAUUUGCAUUACGAGUACCAGGUUUCAAACCAAGAGUGCCAGGACUUAAAUCGCGGGUACCAGGAAUCAAAUCAAGAGUGGCUGACUGACUUUAAUCAAGAGUACCAUUACUUGAGUCGCAAGUACCAGGCCUUGAAUUGCGAGUACCAAGACGUAGAUCGCGAGUACCAGGUUUUGAAUCCCGGAUACAAGGAGUUUAAUCACGGCAAUCAGGACUCAAGUGACGAGUACCAGGACUCAGAUCACGGCAACCAAGACUCAAAUGACGAGUACCAGGACUCAAAUCACGAGUGCCAGAUCCUGAAUCACGACGUCCAGAACUCAAACCACGAGUAUCAGGACUUAAAUCGUGAGUACCAGGUCUUGAAUCGCGAGUACAAGUUUUUGAUUCGCGACUACCUGGAAUGGAAUCGCGAGUACCAGUACUUGAAUGGCGAGUACCAGAAAUUGCAUCACGAGUACCAGGUUUCAAACCAAGAGUGUCAGGAUUUGAAUCCCGGGCACCAGGAGUUUAAUCACGGCAAUCAGGACUCAAGUGACGAGUACCAGGACUCAGAUCACGGCAACCAAGACUCAAAUGACGAGUACCAGGAUUCAAAUCACGAGUACCAGGACUUGAAUCAGGAGUACCACGACUCAAAUAACGAGAACCGAGUCUUGAACCAGGAGUACCACGACUCAAAUCUCGGCAACCAAGACUCAAAUAACGAGUACCAGGAGUUGAAUCACGGCAACCAAGACUCAAAUGACGAGGACCAGUAUUCAAAUCACGAGUACGAGGACUUGAAUCAGGAGUACCACGAGUCAAAUCACGGCAACCAAGACUCAAAUAACGAGUACCAGGAUUCAAAUCACGAGUACCAGGACUUGAAUCAGGAGUACCACGACUCAAAUAACGAGAACCGAGUCUUGAACCACGAGUACCAGGACUCAAAUAACGAGAACCGAGUCUUGAAUCACGAGUACCAGCACUCAAAUAACGAGUAUCAGGUCUUGAAUCGAGAGCACCAGUAUCCAGAAUCUGAUGGGGGAGAGGCCGCUGGAGAAAGGGUCUUUUAUAUCAAUUUACGAGAAUUCGCUACUUGGGUAUAUCUCUCUCAUUUAACAGAAUCUGAACCUGAAAACUUCGAUCGUUCCUUUAAUGCAACCAAUCGGCCAAUCGAUCGCCCAAUUCCAAGACCAGAGUCACCUUUACCGCCACCUUCGCCGGAGAGACAACACUCUGAAGGCGAGUCGCAAGCUUCAGAUGAGGGAUCGUCUUCUGGGGACUACUUAAUCGAUCCAGUUACUGGGUGGCUAUCGCACCGACGAGAAACUUCUUCCGAACGCGAGGAAGAAAGCGACCACAUCCAACAGGAGUCGUCGUCAGGGGAAAGUAUAGACAAACAGGAAGAUAGCGACGACGACGAACAGCAGUCGCCGGCUGAACACACUUUUUCUGAUAGACGCGAUUAUUCGCUAGGCAAGCAACAGAAUAAGCGAAAAUCGUCACACCCUGGGAAUUCUUAUGCGAAGAAACCAUUUUUGGACGGUGACGAAGGAGAGACACGUUUGCAUUUAUCGUCUCUGGGAAGUCGCAGACCAGUUCCAUCAGAAUAUGAGAAUAAAAAACCCAUAAAGCGUAAAUUGCCUUCUGAUAGUACGGAUUCUAAAAAAUUUAAACCAAACUUGCAAAGUGAGGAAGACAUAUCUGAGGAAGAACGUGAAGAUACGGAAGGCGAAUACUCUGACAAAGAAAACUCAGAUAGAUCAAGAGAUACAGAUUCCGAAUCAGAAGGAGGCCACGGAGCUUCAAAAUCUGAGGAAUCUGAUCAGGAUCCAGCUUCUGAAGGCGAAACCGAUCAAGAUCCAUCUCCUGAAGGCGGAGACGAUCAAGAUCCAUCUUCUGAAGGCGGAGCCGAUCAAGAUCCAUCUUCCGAAGGCGAAGCCGAUCAAGAUCCAUCUUCUGAAGGCGGAGCCGAUCAAGAUCCAUCUUCUGAAGGCGGAGCCGAUCAAGAUCCAUCUUCUGAAGGCGGAGCCGAUCAAGAUCCAUCUCCUGAAGGCGGAGCCGAUCAAGAUCCAUCUUCUGAAGGCGGAGCCGAUCAAGAUCCAUCUUCUGAAGGCGGAGCCGAUCAAGAUCCAGCUCCUGAAGGCGGAGGCUAUCGGGAUCCAGCUCCUUAUUACGACGAUCAGGAUCUAGCUCCUUAUUACGACGAUCAAACUUUUGAUUCUGAGGAGGAGGAUUUCAAACCAUUUAUAUUCUCAAAGGAAAGGGAGAUCUUGAAAUGUUUAACAAAUCCUUUUGGGGAUGAUACAUCUAGUUUGGAACUUAGCAUACAGCUCUAUAGGGUAUUUGUAGCUUAUAAACUGGAAGACGUAUACAGCAGUCUUGAUGAGAAGGAGCAACCAGACCAGCAACUGAAGCAGCCAGAGCAACAGCAGCAGCCACACUUGCAACAGAAACGGGAAAUAAAAUAUCAAAAGUUGCAACUGGUAAUCUUCUGGCAACAGGAGCAAAUCUUUCUACAUGAGCAUCUAAAACAUUUUUCCGAGGAACCACAGUUGCAAAAGGAGACUCUCUUCCCACAGGAGCAAUUCUUUCCACAGGAGCAACAGGAGAAACAGUUUCAACAGGAGCAACUCUUGCAACCGUUGCAACAGAAACAACAGUGGCAACAGGAUAAAGUCUUCCUACAGGAGCAACAGUUGCAAGUGGUGCAAGCACUGGAGGAACAGCGAGAGCGGAAUCGCCACCUCUUUGAGCAACAGAAACAGUUUGUCCAAGAAAAAGUGCGCCAACAGAAGGAGCAGCACCGUUGUCAGCAAAAUCAGGUCAACCGCGAACGUAAAUUGCGCCAGAAAAGGGAGAAACAGCGAUUGGAAUUCGAACGAAACUUGAAGUACUAUUGGGAGGACUGUACUCGUCAGUUGCGUUUGCAGCGCGAGCAUUAUCUGAUCAAGCUUAAGCAGCUGGAGAAGCUCAAGCAGCGCUCGUUGAAGGGGAAUCUAAAGCCCGAGCUGAUGCAAAACGAUAUGGUCAGCAUACCGGUGGCCAAUAUGAACGGCGGCCUUAAGGCGGCCAGCAGCGGUUCAGGAGUUGGUGUAGUGACAUCCGGCGGCGUCGUAUCCUCGACGGUGUUGGCCAAUGCCCCCCGUGUUUACCUAACGCCCUCCUCCACAUUCAUGACCAAUCGCCAAAUGGCGGGUGUGGCGACCACCGGAAGGAUGAGCGGACAAGUGGUCGGUGGUUCAUCCGGCACAGCCUCAGCCGCCGGUACCGUUCGCUAUUUUUCGCAAUUCAGCAAAGUGCAAACGGCCGGCGGACCCAGUUUGCAAAGGAAACUGGCCAACGGGGAUACCAUUGUGCUGGCAACCGGCAGCAAAAGUAUGUUCCUUACUAGCAGCGAUAAUAAGGCUAUUCUGCCGACCGUCGCCAGCAAUGGCAACGGUCUGAUCACAGCCAAAAUGGAGCUAUUGGAGGAGGAGGUCAUGCAGUCGAUAACUGUGAUUGAUGACGAUGACGAGGAGAAAAAGGAAGUCGCUGAAGACGAGGAGAGCAGCAAUAAUGCCAAAUCCAUUGGCGUUCAGCAGCCAAUGGCUGAUAAUGAGCCCGAGCUGGACAUUGUGAUAAACAAUGUGGUAUGCUCGUUUAGCGUCGGCUGCCACCUGAAGCUGCGCGAUAUUGCGCUGCAGGGAUCGAAUGUGGAGUACCGUCGCGAGAACGGAAUGGUGACAAUGAAGCUCCGCCAUCCAUACACCACUGCCUCGAUUUGGUCGUCGGGGAGGAUUACCUGCACUGGUGCCACUUCCGAGUCAAUGGCGAAGGUCGCAGCACGCCGCUAUGCCAGAUGCCUUGGCAAGCUGGGAUUUCCCACUCGUUUCCUCAACUUUCGCAUUGUCAACGUGCUGGGCACCUGCAGCAUGCCGUGGGCCAUCAAGAUCGUCAACUUCUCGGAGCGCCAUCGCGAGAACGCCAGCUACGAGCCCGAGCUGCAUCCUGGUGUGACUUACAAGAUGCGCGACCCCGAUCCAAAGGCCACCCUGAAGAUCUUCUCCACCGGCAGCGUAACAGUCACCGCGGCUAGCGUAAACCACGUUGAAUCGGCUAUCCAGCACAUAUACCCGCUGGUCUUCGAAUUCCGCAAGCAGCGUUCGGCGGAGGAGCUGCAGCAUCUGCGUCAAAAGCAGCGCCUACAAGGCGGCGGUGAUCCCACUGAAGUGGAGAAUCAGGUCUUGGCCGACAACAAGACUGCUUCCCUUGAUAACAUCUUUGUCAACACAACAGCGGCGCACUCUAAACCAUCGUCGAAUGACCAAACAUUAGCAUCCUCGGUAAUUUUGUCUAGCACAGUUGAUAGUAUGCCUCGUCUGAAACAAAUUGUCAACUAUCACCAGAUGAUGAAGACUACCCAGGAAGAGCGCCGCCAUAUAUCGAUUAAUGGGGAGAAAGUCGAUCCGGCUUCCACCUCACCGGCGGCAGCAGCUCCAUCCACCUCCUCCUCAACAUCCUCAACAUCCUCAACCGGGGAUAAUAUCUGUGCCAAUGCCCGUCGCCGGGCCACCGAAUGCUGGGCAACCAAGCUGCAGAAUAAGCGUCCACGUUACAAUGAUCCCGGUACUACGGGCACAAUUAACGCCGCUUCGUCCACAGCAUCAGCCGCCACAUCUUCGGUAGCCUCCCAGGCGGCACAUCUGCGUAAUCCUCCCAAGACGCCCGCCUUGGCCAAUGCUCGUAUGGUAGGCGCCAAGGUGACAACAUCCACACGCAACAGCAUAAUCGUGCAGCAGCAGCAACAGCAGCAGCAACAGCAGCAGCAACAGGGGCAGCAACAGCUGCAACCACAGCAGCAACAACAGCAGCAGCAACAGGCCAGGUUUUCGCCCAGCGAGUUCGAUGUGGACGACUUGAUCGAGGAGGAGGAGAACAACGAAUUGGAUAUGCCCUUCUAAGCUAGCGCUGCCCGUGCCAAAAUAUUUCAACUAAAUCAAGGAUGAAACACUACAACACAACACACGCCACACUCACACAAAUCCCCACGAGCUUCUUUCCGUAUUUGUUGUUUAUUCGUUCGAGUUAUUUUUCAUCACAUUUAUUUUUGUGUGCUUGCCGCAUUUAAACCAAACUCGAGGAAACCCGGACACCGAAGCAAAAAGCACCCACAAAAGCACUUGAAUCCAAAGCGAAUCACCAGUUCCAGAAAUCACCAACGACAACAACAAACAAACAAAACACCGCAGCAACAACAAAAUCAAGAGCCAAAUAUUUAACAAAUAAGAUUUACGUUUAAACUACUUUGUAAGUCAAGCGAGCACACCAGAGAUAGCGAAUAUAUGAUUUCGAUCCCGACGUAUCCCAGAAACCUCAAUAACAUCUAGAUGGUAAGCAGAGAGCUUACCACAAGGUAAACUUCAGUUUAGACUUAAGGAAAAUACGAAAUCUGUGGAUUGCCUGGGGGAGGAGUCGUCGCCACCAAUCAUCGCAAUUGCAAUCAUUUGUAGAGAAUGUAAGAACAGCGCCAAAACAAAUACUUUAAAUCACACGUAUGCAGAACUAAUCACCUGGACAGGAAGAGGACGAUAGGAGCAAGGUGCCCGGGCGGAUCGGAUCUGGCAGCUUCCUAUCUUAAUCUGUUUUUUUUGGAAAGCUGCCCAAGCAAGCAAACUACAAUUCUCAAGUAAAAACCCGUGGAGAGGAGGAGGAUAGCUAUCAAUUAUCUAAAGAACAACUGAUUGUAUAUUCAUAGUAAUGUUUAUUUGUUUUCGCUCUAAGUCCUACAUAUUAAAUACUAUACAUAAGUGCUGCGUGUGGAGCCAAACAAACGAAAUGCGUUUGAAUACGAUUGUAAUAUUAUUAUGCAUAUAUACAACACACACACACAAAUACCAAUAUCUGGUCACUUCUAACCAAUUAUAAAAAAACUGGAAAAGCAGCAAGUAAUUAUGUAUGUUUUAAUUUGUGCUAGCAGUUUUUGUGUUGCGCAGAAACUCGAAUCGAAUUAAGAAAAAACUCCUGUAAGAUGAUGACAAAAAAAAACAUUGUAAUAGGAUAGGCCAGAGGAGUCGAUUUAUGCGCGACUUAUUAACAAUAAGCUGAAACACAUAUAUAUAUUGUAAUGUUUUUUUUGUAUUUCGCUUAAGCGUAGAUUUACAAACUUGUUCCUGUGUUGUUAAAAUCAGAAAGUAAAUAUUUUAGUUAACUUAACGAAGCAUACGCAUACACAAACACACUCACACACACACACAUUAAACAAAAGCAUACGUAUACAUAUACAUAAUAUUAAGGCAUCCAAACAAACAAACAAACAACCAAACAAACGAACGAACGAAUCAUAAGCAAUAAUAGAAUGUUUUCGUUGUAAAAAGAGGUAAAAAAUUAAAACAAAAACAAAAACUAAAGAAAGAAAUACUCACGUUAAACAUAAAAUAACAAACUCUAGAUGUUUUGGCGUGCCUUCACCCAUAAAUAGGAAAACGAAAUGAGAUACGAUAGCCAAUUGUACAAUCAUUGAAGAAAUAGUACUUCCAGACCACAACAGAAUCCAAAAUCUUUGUACAUACGCAACCAAAAUUGAUGUUUUCCAAUUAAACGUGAAUUGUCCCAUUCGUACAACAAGUUCAAUUUUCAUUUGUGCUUAAAAAAUGAAACCAACUUUCAUAUCGUUCAACUUAUGCAUAAUCAAAAUAGCUAAAACGAAAGUGAAAGGGAAAUUACAUAUUAUUAGUGAGAAAUAUCAACAUUUCUUUUCCUCUAUUUAUUUAUACAUAUUUUUGGUCUACAGUUUUUUUUUUGAUUUAAUUUUGUUUUUUUUUGUUUGUGUGAUUUAAUUUGCAUAAACAAAAUCGAGAAAUGAAAAUGCCUUUAGGGAACAAAUAACUAGCGCGGAAAGGAAAGAGAUAGGUUUAAGUAUAAAAAGUGAAGGAUAUUGAACAGAUCGGAGCCGAAAUGUAUUUUUUGUGUAUGCGAAUAUGUGAAUAGGUCGACGAAGGCCGAAGAACGUGUUACAAUUGCAAAAUUAACUAGCCACUAAGCUUUAGUCUUAAGUUAGCUGACAAACUGAAUACUAAAUUGUAAGCCACAAUGCAUAUAUAGCGAUUAAGAAUGAAAGUGAAACAACAAAAAAACAAAAAACAAAUUAAAUCUAAUGGAACCUAACGAGAACAUAAUUGUAAAUAAAAUAGUUGUUAGCAAAUCACAAAACAAACGAAAGCAAGAAACCAACAAUAGUGUAAUGUCUUCACGUCUAACUGCCUUCGAAAGAUUCAAGAAUUAUUGAAAUUUAAGCAAGCCCACAUUUGAAUGCGAAGUAGUAUUCUCUUAAAACACGACUGCAAAUUGCUUCACUUCAACCUUGUACUUUCAACACAUUUUUUGUUAGAGCAACAACAGCAACCAACAACCAACAACCAACAAUUAACAAUUAACAGACGAACGGACAAAGGGACAAAUGGACAAACGGACAAGAAAACGGACAGACAAACGGACAAAUAGAUCGAAAAGCCUAAAUAAGUGUAUUUGGUUUCAAGAACUUUGAAAAAGCAAAACUUAAUAUUAAUAUAGUAUACAGAUAUAUUUUUGAUUAUUAUGUAUUUAAUGAGAAAAACAAUGAAACGAUAAUGAUAAUGAUGCAAGUAUCGAUGAUAACUAAGUGAAAACAAAUUGAGAAAUCAAAUAGCAUAAUUCUGUUUUUGUUUUGCCGUAAAGACUGCAUUAUACCAACAAUUAAUUAUAUACAAACAUAAUAAAUAAAUAACUGAUAAAUGGGGCGAUUAGGCUUUGCACUAAGCAGAGAACAAAACGGAUGGAUAAACAUUUAAAGCAAGCAUGCAACAAAACAAAAAAAAAAAACAAAAAAAACAAGAAGAAAACAUGGAAAAUAAAACCAAGAAACAUUUAUUUAUUAGAUCCUAAGUGAAGACUACGAUUUGCUAGCGGAGAUCAAGUCAGGCCAGAGCGGACCUCCAAGGUACCGCAUCCAAUACGAAAAGCAAGAUGAAAUUACCUUACCAAAACGUGCUAGCCCUCGAAAAUCCACCAUUAUCUCCAUGGUGAUCGAUUAUUCGGGAUGGGGCGAGUCUACAAGAAAGUCUAAAAUAGGGCGAGAAUCGGAGUAAUUAGUAAACCAUAUAUCGUAUGAUAAAUCAAUUACCAACUAACUGGCUAACAAAACACGUAUAUCCACUAAGAUUUAUAGUUUCCCCCCUAAUCCCUGAAACUAAUUCUAAGUACAUAAGUUGCGCAAGCAAAACGCUAAGAAAAAGAAAA